GACCGGAGCCACAUCAGGUACACGUGUUAUGUCGUUGUAAAUCUAAUAUUAUGUCUCCUUAUAUGUCUUUUUUUUAAUAUUAUGUCUCCUGUGUGUGCUUGUCUUCAGGUGUUAAGUUGCUGCUGAGGCAAGGGAGGACAAAACUGAAUUUUUAUGCAUUUGUAGACCGCUCAUGAAAACCUAAAGGCCUUUUUGAUAAUAGUGCACUUUUUUGCACAUAAAUCACCUGCAAACAUGUGAUUAAAAAAAAAAAAAAAUAUAUAUAUAUAUAUAUACACAAUACGUAAAUGAGAUGCACGGUUUAUUUAUUAAAUGACUGCUGUACUGAUCUUUGGACCCAGAACAAAAACUGGAUUUCUGUGAGGGGAGGGUCGGAACGGGAGGGAUCGCGGCCAAGUUCGACUUCUGUGGCGUUUCUAAGGAAACAAGCAGGGCAACACAAGUUUACAAAGCCGCUCUGAUGAGCUCGGAUCUGCUUGGAGGAGGAGAGGAAGAGGAAGAAGGACCUGCCGCGGCCGUGCAACAUACGAGGGAAUAACGUAGCAGUGGAUGACCACACCGCCCCGACAGCGAUGGGGAGAAGUGAAAACAAUCCCGUUACCAUGGUAACAGUCGGAGGCAACAAGUACCUGCACAUUUCGUUGUGCGAAUGGUGAGAGGUGAGGGCCUUUCGGAGGGGAAUUCGAGUUCAAGCAGCCGGUCAGACAGAGUAACAGGAUCAGAGACUAAGACGGCAGAGCAGCGAGGAGUUUAAUGACAUCACCUUGUCUCCUAACCGACACCCCAGCCGGAUCAGGAACGCUGCACGCUGAGGGAGGAGGUUAGCUUAGCGCCAUGACUCGCGACGACGUGGACCGUGUGUGGCGAGAGAGACUGCAGCGCUGUCAGCGGCAGCUGAAGGCCAAGGAGGACGAGAUGUGUCGUCAGUGCCGCUACUUUGACCGCUUCAAAGCACAACUCCAACACAAGCUCAGCCAGGCGAGGGACCGAGAGGAGAGCCUGCAGAAGCGCAUCUACGCUUUGGAAAAGCAGCUCCUGGACGCGACUGUCAGUGCGGCGGCCACCGAUGCCGGGACGUUGACGGCGAUGAGAAUUACAGCCGAGACUGAAAGACACUUUCAGGAGCAUGAGAGGCUUCCUGGCGCUAGAGAAGAGGGUGAAGGAGAAGAGGAGGGAAAUGGAGGCAGGAAGCACCCAAACGUAGGAGCCGAGAGAAAUGGAACACACGAGGAUAAGCCGGAACAAGAAAAAGCGAGGCUCCAAGGUUUCAUCCUGAACCUGCAGGAGGAUCUCAGGGUGCUGCUGGAGAGAGAAGAAAGUGGCGUGACGGAGCGGAGGAGGCUGGUGGAGCAGCUUCAGGAAGCUCAGGAGAACAGCCAGUUGCUGUGCUGCGAGGUGGAGGAGAUGAAGGUGGAGAUCCGAGAGCUGAAGUUCUCUGAAAGAAUCCUAAUGAAGGAGGUGGAAGAGCUCCAACGGGACCUUCGGAGUUCAACCAAACAAACUCCCUGUCGCUUAACCGCCAUCUUGGCUGAUCAUCAUUCCCAAGGAAGCUCUGGAAAGGUGCUGGAUGACCAAGACGCAGUUCCAGUUAACCAGCACCAGGUGGCAGCAGGGAGCCCAAAAAGUCUACCAUCAGUUCCCAUUCUUGCUCCCGAAUGUGGAUCUCAGCCUUCAUCUAAAAUGGACUCUUUUCCUCGCCUCAGUCUCCAUUCGCUAGAUGAAUGGGGCUCCACAAGGUGCUUCAACGUGGAGGAAACCCCCAGCGAGGAAUCUGACGCCCUGAGGGAGGCGUACAGGAGCUUGGGGUUGGGUGAGGAUCUCGAGGGUCUCAGAGAGCAAUAUGACCGUCUGGAGGCCGCCCUGCAGCACUCAAAGGAGCAGCUUCAGGUGAUGGCUGAGGAGAAUGAUGGGCUGAAAUUGCUACUCAGGAGUCAAGCUGAGGAGAAGCAGAUGCCCAAGAUGAGUCCAACAUCAACACCUGAUGGAUCUGCUGUCCAAGACCCCGUCACCCACAGUGAUCUUCUCCAGGCCCUGAAUCUGGAGAACCGAGCCUUGGCCGUCCGGAUCCGUGACCUCCUGACUCAUAUUGAGCUGAAUGAGGAAGAAAGUCAAAGCGAGCGGUCUCAGCUGAGGGAGCAGAUCUUGCGUCUGGAGGAAGACGGAGUCAAGCUAGUGCUGGAGAAGGAAGAGCAAGGCUACCUGAUUACUGAACUCACCCGGAAGACCGAAGAUGAUCUCAAUACCAUCAUGGAGCUGCAGCAAAAACUAGAAGCUGAGAGGUUGGAGCGGAGUGAACUGAAGAACAUAGAGCCUGGACCUACAGCUGCACUAUCAGGGUGGUGUCCAGAGAAGAAACACCUCGUUGAUUGUUUAGUGCAGAGUGUAGCAACAGAGGAACUACCCCAGCAAGUUGAUAUCUCCACAUUUGGAACCCCUGCUGGCCAACAUAGCAACCUGAGCACCCUGAAAGCGGAGCGAGAAGAGCUGACGUCUUCUGUGGUUUCCCUCAAAAAAGAAGAAAAAGAAGUCUCUCUCUCGGUCCAGGCCCAAACCGAAGAGAAACAACACUUAACUCGGACAGUCUGGGCGCUCAAAGAGGAGAAAGACAAGCUCUCUGGAUGUCUGAAGGAUCUGAAGCAGGAGAAGGAGCAUCUCCUCAGAGCGGUCGUUGGCGUGAAAGACGAGGAAGCUCAUCUACGCAAGUCGGUGAGUGAGCUCAAAGCGGAGAAAGCCGAGCUCACCGAGUGUUUCCCUGCGCUUGAACGAGAAAAGGAGAAGCUGUUGGAAUGGCUGUCGAGCGGCAGGGAGGAGGCCCAUCACGUUGCUCGGUCAGUAGAGCAUCUGAAGAAGGAGAAGGAGCAGCUAAGUCAGGCCGUUCUGACUUUGACAGCGGAGACGGACAAACUGUCCGACUUCCUCCGGCGACCGAAGGAGCAGACGCAACAGGAGCGUGACGGGCUGCUCAAGUCCAUUAGCACUUUGACAGAAGAAAAGGACCAAAGUGAGCAUUCAGUCAGAUGUUUAAAACUGGAGGAAGCCCAGAUGAUGCCAUCACGUCAGGUUCUCCGAGUGGAAAGGAAUAAUCAAGACAGUCAAUCUGACGAUGGUGUGACUGGAGAGACAAGAUGCUCGGAUGGAAGGAAUACGCAGGAGCAGAGGGACCUGCUGAGGGAGAUUGAAGUCUUGACAGCAGAAGUGAAGAAGUCACAGGAGGAAUUACAGACAAGACACGUAGAGACCACAGAUCUCCACGGGCGGCUGAGUCAGUCAGAAGCUUGGAGGCGGGACGCGGAGAGGAGAGCUGCUCAAGCAGUUGAUGAGGUGAAGAGACUGACGGAUUCGAUCACGCAAUCGGAAGCAGUCGGCAUGGAGAACGGCCGCCUCACCGCACAGGUGACAUCGCUGCAGAGCAAAGUGGAAGUCCUCGCCAGGGAGAAGGCCGCCACACUGUCGCUGAAGGCGGACAUUGAGGACCAAUACAACAUCCUCACAGCUCAGCUGAAAGCCAAGACGGUGGCUCUGGAGGAGCUGAACGCUGAGUAUAUCACUCUGAAAAAAUGGCGUGACAGCAAAGAUGACCUGAGCACUCUUACGUCCCUGCGAAGACGUUACGACGACAUCCGAGCCAAGUACGAUGCACUCUUGAAAACGAAGACCCCGACCGAUCUGGAUGUAGUUCCGUUAAAGGCCAAGCUGUCAUCCCUGGUGCUGAAGUGUCAAGAGAGAAACGGCUUAUUGGCGCAGAUGAUGAGAGCCCUGCGUGGGCACGGCCCCGUGGACGCCGCGCUGACGCAGCAGGUCGACGAACUGCUCGGCGACGCCGCGCUGCUUCAGUACGCCGCCGCGUUCACGCAAACGGGUUUUACAAAGAACCCGGACCGCGGACUCACAGCGGGAUUUAUGUCCAAUUUUCAAAAGUACGCUUGCUCUGCAGAACCUGCAAGCCCACAGAAUGAUUUCCACACAGAAGAGGAAACGAUACACCGGCUUCUUUUAGAGGAGUCGGUAACAAAUGUACCCGACCGUAGUGGUGAUGCCAUGCUUGCACACGCUGUUCUAAGAAAAAAUGCCAUCUCACCUGUGCCAACCCUGCACCAGGACAACACGCUGCCAUCGUCACCCGACCCACAACUGAAAGACCUUUUCAGUCUUGACACGCCACGGAAGCCCCUCUCUGAUGAUGAGCCAGAAAAAAUGUCUCCUCUGGAUGAAAGACCGGAGUCAUCCCCUCCUUCAGUCGACAUGCCCGACCGGAGCGGGUCUCGCCGAAGUCCUGCACCCACCCGCUCAGUCAGCUGUGUGAGGAGGAGGAGGAUGAGCAGUCCGGAGAAAAUCCUCAACCUCCAAGAGCAAUUGCAGCAGACGAUGUUGAGUUUAUCUCAGGCUUCUAGAAGCAGAGGAAGAGGUGACGUCAGUAUCACCGCUCCACCUAGUGGCCCUGUACCGUUCUGCACGGCUUCAAACCUGGCCAAGCCCCCCCCAGCACUCACAACCACACCCGUUCCUAGAAGUCAGCCAACCGCUCUCUUCAACGCGGUCGCCGCCAGAUCCGCCAACAGGACCUUCACACCUCAUUUGGUGUCUAACCAUCGCUUUCAAGGAGCCGCGUCGUCCACGACCUCUACUCCUCCGCUCUCUGCUAGCUUGUUCAUUAGCAACGCUGCAUCGAGCAAAGCCAAAUCCACCACGAGCAGCGGCAGGACUGGAGCGGCGCCCCGAAACCCCAACAGUGCUGCUGAUGUGGCCGAUGCUGACCCUGCACCUUCUUCAAGUACAACGGUCUUUAAAGCGACUAACUCCAACGACUUCACUGCCUCGGACACAACUGCCCCGCUGAAGGAGACUGCCCGCCAAGAUGAUGAUGAUGUCAGCACGCCAUCCGAGCCUGACUGUGCUGCUUCUGCACGUGACGGCCUCCAAAUCACUACAUUCCACACCCACUUCUGGCAACACUCCGCCCACACACCAACAAGGUCCCACAGCGCCCCGGAGAAGAUGAGACCUUCAAGACCCAAAGCAGAAGCUCCAGCUGAGGUGGGCUCCCUGGAGGUCAUCAAACAAGUGGGUCAGAGCAGCCUCCUGAUUGGCUGGGAGAGGCCGCCUCUGGACGAGCUGGGCUGCAGUCACGACACGUUUGUGUAUGGCUACAGGGUGUUGGUGGAUGGGGAGCUCUACAAGUCCGUCAUGAGCUCGGCGUGCACCAAGUGUGUCCUGGAACAUGUGGAUUUGUCUGAACCAGUCGAGAUUGGCGUUCAAACCCUGGGCUCCAAUGGGCUGAUUUCAAAAAGUGUUCACGCUAUGUACGUGUCUCCGGGUGUCGCAGCUCACCUCUGAAUCCCACCGUCCUACCUAUGCCAUGACUCUAAGGGAGCGUCCUGACUUCGCUGGACUUCACAUGACUGUGGCGGUCCAAUGAGCCUAUGUUGCGUGGUGCCUGCUUGCCUGACCUCGGAAGGACCAAAAGAUGGACUAAAAAAAUUGAGGUGUCGAAGCAGGUGAAAACGAGUCUUUUUAUGCGACUUGAGAGCCGCUUGAAUUUCACAUCCUCCCUUGCAAAGAAGCCAAUCGCGUAAUCAAGUAAGACCCGUGGAUGAUGUUUACAUUGUGUCCAACACGGACACAGACCAUGUGUCUUACUUACUAAUUCACUCAAGAGCUCCGCCGCCUCCCCCCUCAGGAUGCUCAUGAUGCUUUUUUUUUUAUUUUUUAUUAAAGCGAUAUAAACCGCGAGCCAAAAUACGAGAGACUAUAAUGAACUCUAAAAGACUAUUUCCUGGAAGACAAGCUACACUAUUUAUGAUCUAUUUCAGUUGAUUUGCACACCAUCCUGUAUGAAAGGAGAAUUAGAUGUCAUUUUUUCAUCUUGUUCCAAUUCACAUGAGAUGUUUUUGCCACUUUGACAGCAUACGGGUGAGUAUAGAUCAGGGGUGGGCAAACUUUUUGACUUGCGGGCCGCAUUGAUAUAACAAAAUUUCCGGGGGGGGGGGCAGACUAUAUAUUUUACACAUAACAGUCCACCUGGUAUUAUUGUAUCUGUAAAAUUGUCAUGCAAUCUGCUAUUAUUAUUUAUAUUUAAAUAUUUUAAAAAUAAUAAAAUAUUAUAAUAAUUAAAAUAAAAUUAAAAUAAUAAUUAAUUAAUAAUUAUUAUGUAAAAUGUGCAAAUAUAACAAUAUUAUUAUAUAUAAUUAAUAUAAUAAUUAGCAUUAAUAUAAUAAAUAUAAUAAUCAUAAUAGUUAUAAUAAUAAUAUAAUAAUUAUUAUUUUAAUUUAUUAUUAUUAUUAUUAUGUGCUUGUGUCCCUUUUUUCAGGAGCGCUUUGUAAACAACAGACCAUGUCAAACAACGAAAUUGAUACAACCAUCAAAAGGUUGGCUCAGGCCAUGAUGCCAGGUUGUAUGUUGACUUUAAAUUAAAUACUUUUGAAAGAUUGGUUGGGCCGUAUUCAAACACUUGGCGGGCCGGAUGUGGCCCCCCGGCCGUAGUUUGCCCACCCCUGGUAUAGAUUAACUAAUCACGGUGCGGAAAAUGUAUUUUUCUAACAAUGAGUGGUAUUGUUCGGCUAUCGACUCCUCGCAGCCGUACACAGAAUAAACGCUUCUAUUCUAUAUCACUGCAGUGUCGGGACACUAUUUGGCAGCACUUCCUGGUCUGUCGGUAGCAUUCCCGCUCUGAUUCCUGCUUCCGGCGUUGCAGAUUUAGUAGAACAUAAAAGAUUUCUCACCACAUUCAGCACUAAUGUUGAUGUAACGACCCCAAAAAACAGAGAACCCAAAAAAACUGUUUAUGUAUCAUCUGCUGUGCUGGACACUUUUGCUUUCUGUUUGCUGUUUUGCUGUUUUGCUGACGCUCAGCAGAAAGUGCUGCUAGGCCAGGUUGAGCAGAGAAGGUGCUUAGCUCACCUAAACGUGUACAAACGUCUUCUGCCUCUUUGACCCUUUUCUCCUUUUGAUGCUCCUCGCUACCAAGACAUCAAACAUUUGUGUGAAAUUAUGGAGUUGCCUACAAGCCUCAUGUGGAUCAGAACCACAGAGUACAGCUUAGAUUUCCACUUGGGCCUGAAUGUUGUCAUUGCAUUUGUCAUUGACAUGUUAAGGAAAAGUCACAAUUUUAAACAAAAUUUGGGUAAAAUAUCCCAAUAUUCCGAUUUACGCUGAAAUGUAAUGUCAUGGAAUCACGGUAAAUAAUUGAUAAGCACUAAUUUAUGCCAAAAGUCAAUGAUUUUCAUUGUGUAGUGUUGGACUUUUUCAUCCAAUCUCUUUGUGUCGUCAUGGUAACCUGCUUGGGGCCUUCAGAAUCAGGAGUGCAGGCCCGUGUCACAUACAGCUUAGAUUUCCACUUGGGCCUGAAUGUUGUCAUUGACAUGUUAAGGAAAAGUCACAAUUUUAAACAAAAUGUGGGUAAAACAUUCCAAUAUUCCGAUUCACGCUGAAAUGUAAUGUCAUGGAAUCACGGAAAAUAAUUGAUAAGCACUAAUUUAUGCCAAAAGUCAAUGAUUUUCAUUGUGUAGUGUUGGACUUUUUCAUCCAAUCUCUUUGUGUCGUCAUGUUAAUCUGCUUGGGGCCUUCAGAAUCAGUAGUGCAGGCCCGUGUCACAUACAGCUUAGAUUUCCACUUGGGCCUGAAUGUCGUCAUAGGAUUUGUCAUUGACAUGUUAAGGAAAAGUCUCAAUUUUAAACAAAAUGUGGGUAAAACAUUCCAAUAUUCCGAUUCACACUGAAAUGUAAAAUCAUGGGAUCACGGUAAAUAAUUGAUAAGCACUAAUUUAUGCCAAAAGUCAAUGAUUUUCAUUGUGUAGUGUUGGACUUUUUCGUCCAAUCUCUUUGUGUCGUCAUGUUAACCUGCUUGGGGCCUUCAGAAUCAGUAGUGCAGGCCCGUGUCACAUACAGCUUAGAUUUCCACUUGGCCCUGAAUGUUGUCAUUGCAUUAGUCACUGACACGUUAAGGAAAAGUCACAAUUUUAAACAAAAUUUGGGUAAAACAUUCCAAUAUUCCGAUUCACGCUGAAAUGUAAUGUCAUGGAAUCACGGAAAAUAAUUGAUAAGCACUAAUUUAUGCCAAAAGUCAAUGAUUUUCAUUGUGUAGUGUUGGACUUUUUCAUCCAAUCUCUUUGUGUCGUCAUGUUAACCUGCUUGGGGCCUUCAGAAUCAGUAGUGCUGGCCCGUGUCACAUACAGCUUAGAUUUCCACUUGGGCCUGAAUGUCGUCAUAGGAUUUGUCAUUGACAUUUUAAGGAAAAGUCACAAUUUUAAACAAAAUGUGGGUAAAACAUUCCAAUAUUCCGAUUCACGCUGAAAUGUAAUGUCAUGGAAUCACGGAAAAUAAUUGAUAAGCACUAAUUUAUGCCAAAAGUCAAUUAUUUUCAUUGUGUAGUGUUGGACUUUUUCAUCCAAUCUCUUUGUGUCGUCAUGUUAACCUGCUUGGGGCCUUCAGAAUCAGUAGUGCAGGCCCGUGUCACAUACAGCUUAGAUUUCCACUUGGGCCUGAAUGUUGUCAUUGCAUUGGUUACAUGACAUGUUAAGGAAAAGUCACAAUUUUAAACAAAAUGAGGGUAAAACAUUCCAAUAUUCCGAUUCACGCUGAAAUGUAAAAUCAUGGGAUCACGGUAAAUAAUUGAUAAGCACUAAUUUAUGCCAAAAGUCAAUGAUUUUCAUUGUGUAGUGUUGGACUUUUUCAUCCAAUCUCUUUGUGUCGUCAUGUUAACCUGCUUGGGGCCUUCAGAAUCAGUAGUGCUGGCCCGUGUCACAUACACAUUAUUAGCAAUAUGGCUGUUUUUUUUCCUAGCCAAUCAGACUUCAGGUACGCCUCAUAGGGGCCAGCAAGCCAUGCCGUCGUCUGGUUGAUCAGAACAACACUUUUUUUCUUCUACAAGCAAGUUCUGAGGAGGAACUGGUGAGUUUUUCUGUUAUGAUUGCAACAUAUUCCUGAUGUGGGAUCAUCUGUGAUUAAUCCAGCCAUUCACUGGAUUAAUCACUGGACUAACAAAGCACCCGAUCAGGAUAGAAAAUAAACUCCUAAAGGAGAGCAAAUGCAACCUUUUAAAUAGAAAUGGAAUUGUGUACGUUGUUGUUUGGUGUUUUCUUCUCCGAGCAGGUCUUGCUGUGAGGUGAGAGGGUGGUCGUCUAUGAAUCCUGCACUGCGGCUACUCUAUUAAAAACUGCAGCGUCUUCACUACUGGACCCUUGAAAGUCAGCUGACCCCCCUCCCCGAGGACUCUGAUUACGGUCACCGGGGAGACUCCCCUUCAUUAACACACACACACAUCAUAAGUGUGUGUGCUUGACUGGUUUGUUUACGCAGAUUAAUGCCUGUGGGUUAAUUAAUUUCUCAUGCCAUCCAUAUAGCACGCCUCUUAUAGGAAGGGGGGGGGGGCAACAUGGGAGUUGGAAAGUGGUGCAUGUAGAAAGCUGUGUGUGUGUGUGUGUGUCACAUGUAGAGGUGAUGACAGCUGAGCUAGCGGAUAUCAAACAAACAUGGUGUUGACACGUCUGUGUUUUGAAUGUGGGUCAACACUGCAAGGGGUUUCUCCAUCCGCUGUGUGUGUGAAGGAGAUAGACGCGUGUCAUCAGCAGGUUGCCGUGGAAGAAGGUGACGGUGUUCUGGAACCGGCAGCCAUAAACCAGAGAGGGGAUGUUAGCUACCGACGCCUACAGCUUUUGACUCAGGUGGGGAGCCGGUGAGCAAAUCCAUAUUAUUGAAAAAAAAAAAAAAUUCCCUCCUAAGUUACCUUGCAUUGCUCCUCACAAGGCGCCCUGUGUGUGUAUGCUAGAGGCGCUGCCUCCCCCCCACAGUCUUUUGUUCUAUGAAGCGGCUGUGAACUCUCUUCCUGCCUGCUGGGAGGCGGGA